GUGAAGCAUGCAAAGAAAACGAGCAAAAGAUAAACACAUGAUAUCAUCAUCACAAAACUCCUUUGCUAAAAUUAGGGUUCUUUCAUUUAAAGCUUUCUUCUUCGAAAAAUCCCCCACAACCCAACUGGUUUUUUUUUCCCUCUAAAAGCUUGGGUUUUUUUUUUUUGAAAGAGAAAGAGAGAGGGAUUGAGAAUUAAGGGCUAAGCAUUAAACCACCAAAAAAAAAAGAGGGUUUUUUUUGGCUUGCCUUGUUUCUCUUUCUUUCUCUCCAUGAAAAAUUACUUGAUUUUGUUCAAAUUUUGUGUUUUUCUUUUUAAUGUAUAUGUUAGUUUGCAAAUUUUGGGUUUUUUUAUGGUAAGUGUAGAGAAAGUGUUUGUAAAGUUGUAGAAGAAAAAAAAAAGUUAAGAGUGGUUUUGAAAGUUUGAUACUUUGAUAGAUACAUAAAUAAUAAUAAAUAAAUUCUUUUACAUUUUAAAAAAAAGGGGACUUUUUUUUUAAUUUUUGAUGAAUUUUGGGGGGUUUAUAGAUGAUAGUUCUGGUCCUAAUGAAGGUCUUGGUGGUGCAAGAAUAGUUGCAGACGUACCUUAUAACACCACCACCAUGCCUACUGGUGUUUUCUCUCAACCCCGCCUUGUUUCUUCUUCAAUUCCUAAGAACAUGUUCAACUCACCAGGCCUUUCUCUUGCUCUUCAGCAACCCAAUAUAGAUAAUCAAGGAGAUGAGACUAGAUUAGGUGAGAAUUUUGAAGGAAGUAUUGGGAGAAGAAGCAGAGAAGAAGAACAUGAAAGUAGAUCUGGGAGUGAUAAUAUGGAUGGUGGUUCCGGUGAUGAUCAUGACCCCACCACCGCGGCAGGUGAUAAACCGCCGAGGAAAAAGAGAUACCACCGUCAUACACCUCAACAAAUCCAAGAGCUUGAAGCUCUCUUUAAGGAGUGUCCUCAUCCAGAUGAAAAACAGAGAUUAGAGCUUAGUAAAAGGCUUUGUUUAGAAACCAGACAAGUUAAGUUUUGGUUCCAAAACAGGCGUACUCAAAUGAAGACACAAUUAGAGCGACAUGAGAACUCAUUGUUGAGACAGGAGAAUGAUAAGCUUAGAGCUGAAAACAUGUCUAUAAGAGAUGCAAUGAGGAAUCCUAUAUGUACUAAUUGUGGUGGUCCGGCUAUUAUUGGUGAUAUGUCACUUGAAGAACAACAUCUUAGAAUCGAAAAUGCUCGUCUAAAAGAUGAAUUGGAUCGUGUUUGUGCACUUGCUGGUAAGUUUUUAGGUCGUCCAAUUACAGGACCUCCAUUACCAAACUCAAGUUUAGAGCUUGGUGUUGGCACCAAUGGUACUUUUGGAACCACUAUGGCUACUACUACAACAUUGCCUUUAGGACAUGAUGCUUUACCAACAAUGGUUGUUCCUAGUAAUAGACCGGCAACAACACUCGAUCGAUCGAUGUUUUUGGAACUUGCUUUGGCUGCCAUGGAUGAACUUGUUAAGAUGGCACAAACUGAUGAGCCAUUAUGGAUUAAGAACAUAGAAGGUGGAAGAGAAAUGUUGAACCAUGAUGAGUAUUUAAGGACAUUUACACCUUGUAUUGGUUUAAAACCAAAUGGUUUUGUCACUGAAGCGUCAAGGGAGACUGGUGUAGUGAUUAUCAACAGUCUAGCCCUUGUUGAAACAUUAAUGGACUCGAAUCGUUGGGCAGAGAUGUUUCAUUGUAUGAUUGCUAGAACAUCAACAACUGAUGUGAUAUCUAAUGGCAUGGGAGGAACCAGAAAUGGUGCACUUCAACUUAUGAAUGCUGAGCUUCAAAUCCUUUCACCUUUAGUUCCUGUUCGUGAAGUAAGUUUCUUAAGGUUCUGUAAACAACAUGCUGAAGGUGUUUGGGCUGUGGUUGAUGUAUCCAUUGAUACUAUCAAAGAAAGUACUACAUUUGUUACCUGUAGGAGACUUCCUUCUGGUUGUGUUGUUCAAGAUAUGCCUAAUGGUUACUCCAAGGUUAUAUGGGUUGAACAUGCUGAAUAUGAUGAGAGCCAAGUUCAUCAACUAUACCGGCCUUUACUAAGUUCCGGCGUGGGCUUCGGUGCCCAACGGUGGGUGGCGACCCUUCAACGGCAAUGCGAAUGCCUUGCCAUACUCAUGUCCUCCACCGUUCCCACUAGAGACCACACCGCUAUAACUGCGAGUGGGAGACGGAGCAUGUUAAAGCUAGCUCAACGGAUGACAGAUAACUUCUGUGCCGGGGUUUGUGCAUCGACGGUUCAUAAAUGGAACAAGCUUAACGCCGGGAAUGUAGACGAAGACGUUAGGGUUAUGACUAGGAAAAGCAUUGACGACCCCGGCGAACCGCCAGGGAUCGUACUAAGCGCCGCCACUUCGGUUUGGUUGCCGGUGUCACCGCAACGGCUUUUCGAUUUCCUACGCGACGAACGGUUGAGGAGCGAGUGGGACAUAUUGUCAAAUGGCGGACCUAUGCAAGAGAUGGCACACAUUGCCAAAGGCCAAGAUCAUGGCAAUUGCGUUUCCCUCCUGCGUGCCAGUGCCAUGAACGCAAAUCAGAGCAGCAUGUUGAUAUUGCAGGAAACAUGCAUAGACGCAGCAGGGUCGCUUGUAGUGUACGCGCCAGUUGAUAUUCCAGCCAUGCACGUUGUCAUGAACGGUGGUGAUUCCGCUUACGUCGCACUUUUACCUUCGGGAUUCGCCAUUGUCCCGGACGGUCCUGGGUCUCAUGGACCUAUCUCUAACGGACAUGUUAACGGAAACACCGGCGGAGGGUCGUCGAGAGUCGGUGGAUCGCUUCUCACGGUAGCUUUUCAAAUAUUGGUAAACAGUUUACCAACGGCUAAACUGACCGUCGAAUCGGUUGAAACGGUUAAUAAUCUGAUUUCGUGUACUGUCCAAAAGAUCAAAGCUGCCCUUCAAUGCGAAAGUUGAUGACUCAGUGAGUUGGGUAAUUUUAGUUAUUAAUAUAGGUUUUGGUUGUGGUUAAAGAGUGCGACUCAGUAAGUUGGGACGAGUGGGGGUAUUGAGUCAAGAACGAACCGCGCGUGGAGAAUUAUUGUAUGGUGAUGAUCAAAGGGACAAGGGUGGUGGUUCGGGUAUUGACUCAGGUCGACCCUUUGAGUUGGCUCGCCGGGACCAGAAAAGAAAGUCAAAACUCAAACUGCGUCGUAUUUGGUGUACUAAUCCAAUUUCUCUUUCCCUAGGGAUUUAAUGUCAAUGAACAUUAUUGUAUUGAGUUGUCACUUUCUUUUUAGGGGUUUGGCUUUUGGGAACUUACUAAUUUAAUAUAUUAAUUCAUACUUCAAUCUA